GUGAUACGAACGUGACAAAUUCGAAUUUGGCCGUCGCGGAGCAACGUCCAUCCUCGCCGCGAUGUAUCGACUCCGCCAAAGUGCCGCAACCUUGGUGUCGUUCCGACAACGCCUCCUGUCCACAGGUCUGAUCGACCGCCGGGGCGCUGCCAAGUUUGAGAAGCGCGCCGUCUUGGAACUGGCCGACGGUGCCAAGUACUAUGGGAUUUCGUUUGGUGCAGACACAGCGAUGGCAGGGGAAGUUGUGUUUACGACCGCCAUGGUCGGGUACCCCGAGUCGCUGACGGACCCGUCGUACCAAGGCCAGAUUCUGAAUAUGACGUUUCCCAUGAUUGGCAACUACGGUGUCCCUUGCACAAAAACACUCGACGAGUACGGGCUUACCAAGUUUCUCGAGUCGAAUCGAAUUCAUGCCGCGGGGUUGAUUGUCCAAGACUACUCAUCGCACUACAGUCAUUGGAAUGCGAAGUCGUCGUUGAGCGAGUGGCUGGUCCGAGAAGGUAUUCCUGCCAUUGCAGGCAUCGACACGCGAGCUAUCACAAAGAAGAUUCGCGCCAAAGGGGCGAUAUCUGGCCGCAUUGUCGUCGAAGGCAACGAAACACCCAGCUUUGCCGACCCGAAUAUGCGCAACUUGGUCGCCGAAGUUAGCACAAAGACUGUGAAGACGUAUGGCAAGGGCAAUCAAUUGAAGAUUUUGGCUGUGGAUUGCGGAAUCAAGUACAACAUCAUCCGCGAGCUGGUCAAGCGCGGGGCAGAGGUCAAAGUUGUGCCUUGGGACCAUGACAUUAUGAGUGAAACCAACUGGUUCGACGGGCUCUUCAUUUCGAACGGCCCUGGGGAUCCGUCGAUGCUGACGCAAACCGUGGAGCAGCUAAAAAAAGUCAUCAACAGCAACCAGGUCAAGCCGAUUUUUGGUAUCUGUCUGGGUAAUCAAUUGCUUGGUCGCGCUGCUGGUGCUGGCACGUAUAAGUUGCCGUUUGGAAACCGUGGUCAGAACCAGCCUGUCAACAAUUUGAAGACUGGACAGAGUUACAUUACGUCGCAGAACCACGGGUACGCCCUGGAAGGUCAUGACUUGCCGAGCGAGUGGGAGGAGCUGUUUGUGAACGGAAACGAUGGCACAAAUGAAGGCAUCAUCCAUAAGACGAAACCAUUCUUCACGGCGCAAUUCCACCCGGAACACGCAGGGGGUCCCACGGACACGACCUUCCUCUUCGACACUUUCCUCGACGCUGUUCGCGCCAAGGAAACCGGGUCGAUCAAGUCGCUGGUGCAACGGCCCAAUCUCGAACGACCUAAGUUCAAAAAGGUGCUUGUCCUCGGCAGUGGUGGGCUCAGCAUCGGCCAAGCAGGCGAGUUCGACUACUCUGGGUCGCAGGCCAUUAAAGCCCUCAAGGAAGAGAACAUCACGACGAUCUUGAUCAACCCGAACAUUGCGUCAGUCCAAACAAACGCCGACAAGACGGCCGCCCAAGCUGACAACGUUUACUACUUGCCUGUGAACGCUGACUUUGUGGAGCAAGUCAUUCGUCGCGAGCGGCCGGACGGAAUUCUCAUCAGUAUGGGUGGCCAAACGGCGCUGAACUGCGGCGUGGAGCUGCAUCACAAGGGUGUGUUUGAAAAGUAUGGCGUGCGUGUGCUUGGGACACCGAUCUCUGUGAUUGAAGCGACGGAAGAUCGACAGAUUUUCAACGACAAGCUGAACGAAAUCGGCGAAAAGAUUGCCACGAGUCGUACGGCCGAGUCGGUCGAGGAAGCGCUUGCGGCGGCUAACACGAUUGGGUACCCGGUCAUGAUUCGAUCAGCUUUUGCGUUGGGUGGUUUGGGCAGCGGUAUUUGCGAGGACAAGGAGCACUUGACGCAAAUGGCAAAGAAAGCGUUUGCCGGUUCACCGCAGAUUCUCGUCGAACGCAGCAUGAAGGGGUGGAAGGAAGUCGAGUACGAAGUCGUGCGAGACAGCGCCGACAAUUGCAUCACGGUGUGCAACAUGGAGAACUUUGACCCGCUCGGGAUUCACACGGGCGAUUCUAUCGUAAUUGCGCCGAGCCAGACGCUGAGCAAUCGCGAAUACCACAUGCUCCGCGAAACUGCGCUCAAGGUCGUACGCCACUUGGGCAUUGUCGGUGAAUGCAACAUUCAAUACGCGCUCAAUCCGCACAAUGAAGACUACUGCAUCAUUGAAGUCAACGCGCGCUUGUCUCGUUCGUCUGCUCUGGCGUCCAAGGCCACAGGGUACCCCUUGGCAUUUGUUGCGGCCAAGUUGGGCUUGGGUGUGAACCUGCCCGAGCUCAAAAACUCGGUGACCAAGUCGACAACGGCGUGCUUUGAGCCGUCCUUGGACUACUGUGUCGCCAAGGUGCCUCGAUGGGAUUUGUCCAAGUUCGAGAACGUAUCGACGGAGAUUGGGUCGAGCAUGAAGAGUGUCGGCGAAGUGAUGGCGAUCGGUCGCACGUUUGAAGAAGUUAUUCAAAAAGCAUUGCGCAUGGUGGAGCCAGCGAACACAGGGUUUGAGCCCAAGGCAGACCCGUUUACGAAGGAAGGGCUCAUCAAGUCGCUGGCAGUCCCCACGGACAAGCGAAUUUUUCACAUUGCGCGCGCCUUGAGCGACGGCAUGUUGACCAUCGACGAGGUCCACAACAUUACCAAGAUUGACACAUGGUACCUCAGCCGCUUGCAGCGCAUAUCGGACUGCGAUGCCAACAUCACGAAAGUCGGAUCGCUCGACAAGAUCUCGGACUACGAGCUCCGAACGGCGAAGGAAUUGGGCUUUUCCGACAAGCAGCUCGGUCGCAUGUUGGGCGUAUCGGACGACCAAGUUCGCACCGAGCGCAAGAAGCGUGGCAUUCUCCCCGUUGUGAAGCAAAUUGACACGUUGGCGGCCGAAUACCCUGCCAAGACCAACUACUUGUACUUGACAUACAACGCGAGCGAAAACGACGUCGACAUCAAAGCGCCCAACGACGGUGUGCUUGUGUUGGGCAGUGGCGCGUAUCGGAUCGGGAGUUCGGUCGAGUUUGAUUGGUGCGCCGUGAGCUGCAUUCGUACGUUGCGCCGCCUCGGUUACCGCGCUGUCAUGAUGAACUACAAUCCCGAGACUGUCAGCACGGACUACGACGAGUGCGAUCAACUUUACUUUGAAGAAUUGUCGAAGGAACGCAUUUUGGACGUAUACGAGCGCGAGGGCGUGCAGGGCGUAGUUGUGUCUGUCGGUGGUCAAAUCCCCAACAACUUGGCACUUCCCCUGCAUAACGUUGGCGUCAAAGUGCUCGGCACAAGUCCCUUGGACAUUGAUUCGGCCGAAGAUCGCCACAAGUUUUCCGACCUGAUGGAUCAAAUCGGGGUCGCGCAACCAGCUUGGAAGGAGCUCACGAGCAUGGACGCUGCGCGCAAGUUUGCCAAUCAAGUGGGUUACCCGUGCUUGGUGCGGCCGUCAUACGUCUUGUCCGGGGCAGCUAUGAAUGUGGCGUUCAACGAUAGCGACUUGGAACGCGUGCUUGGCGAAGCAUCGGCGGUGUCGCAAGACCAUCCCGUGGUCAUUUCCAAGUUUGUGGACGGCGCGCGUGAAAUUGAAUUGGAUGGUGUCGCCCGCAACGGCAUCAUCAUUGCGGCCGCGGUGUCGGAACACGUCGAAAACGCCGGUGUCCACUCUGGCGACGCCACGCUGAUCCUGCCACCCGUGACGGUGAGUUCGUACUACGUGGACCGCGUGCGCCAAGCUGGCGCGAAGAUUGUCAAGGCGCUCAACAUUUCCGGGCCAUUCAACGCGCAGUUUCUUGCCAAGGACGCCGACGUGCUGGCAAUCGAGUGCAACCUGCGAGCAUCUCGGUCUUUCCCGUUUGUGUCCAAGACGGUCGGCGCCGACUUCAUUGCGGCUGCGACCAAGGUGUUUGUCGGCGAAGAUACGUCCAACGACAACCUGCCGCCCCUGUACGGUCCCACCCGCCCGACCGAGUACGUCGGUAUCAAGAGCCCCAUGUUUUCGUACACUCGAUUGGGCGGGGCCGAUCCGCUUCUUGGCGUCGAAAUGGCGUCCACGGGCGAAGUCGCGUGCUUUGGGAAGACGACGCACGAAGCGUUUUUGAAGGCCCUUGUGUCGUCCACCUUUCGCCUGCCCGAGAAGAACAUUUUGCUGUCGUUUCAGGACCGGUACGCGUCGGAAGCCAUCCACUACGCGCACAAGUUGGUCGCGUUGGGCUUUGAAUUGCACACGACGGAGAAGACGCACGAGUUUUUGACCAAGCACGGUGUCCCGAGCAAGUUGGUUGCGUACAGCCCGUCGACGGAGCUCUCGAACGACACGAACGCGCUCAACUUGAUCAAGGACGGCAAGAUCGAUCUCGUCAUCAACCUAUCCAACUCGGAUUCGUUGCGCGUCAAGGACAACUACUUGAUUCGCCGGACGGCGGCCGACUUUUCCGUCCCGCUCUUGACGAACGGCCAGCUCGUGCAGCUUUUUGUCGACUCGAUGGACGAGCACAAAAAGAAGCCCGUCCUUGGCGUCAAACCGGCAUCCCUCUUUGACUAUUACAACGACGAAAACGAAAAGCCGUGGACUGGUGCCAACGAAUACCAUUAAGUCCAUCAGCUUUGCAGUAGACACUCCAGGAAUCCAUUGAAAAACGAAUCCAGUCGACAUUUUAUCUC